AAGUGCCCGGGGCUCUGGUCUGUGCUCAGUGUUCGUGUUUUCUGUCUCACGGUUAGAUCCUCUGUGUUUCUGCGGGGAAAUGUCUAAAAACACGAUCUCCGCUCAGUUCAGGAGGGUGGACGUGGAUGAAUACGAUGAGAACAAGUUUGUGGAUGAAGACGACGGAGGGGAGAACCAGAGCGGUCCAGACGAGGCGGAGGUGGACUCCCUGCUCAGACAGGGGAACAUGAACGCAGCUCUCCUGGCGGUGCUGAAGAACCCUCCCAUCACACCAAGAACCAGAACACCAAGGUACUCGGCGGAGCAGCUGGUGCUGCGGGUGCUGAGCAGUUUUAAGAGCAGUGACAUCGAGAAGGCUGUGGGCUCUCUGGACAGAGCUGGAGUGGACCUGCUGAUGAAAUACAUCUACAGAGGCUUCGAGAAGCCGUCCGACAACAGCAGCGCCGUGCUGCUGCAGUGGCACGAAAAGGCUCUGGCUGUAGGAGGAGUGGGAUCUAUAGUCCGAGUCCUGACUGCCAGGAAGACCGUGUGAUGGUCCCUCUGGUACCAGAUGUUGGUCUGACCGACACUCGAUCAUCGGAGCUGAGCGCAGAGACAAGCCUCUUCUUCUGUUUUUAUUUUUAUACUGAAGUCCUUCCUCAGUCCUCUGGUCUCACUCUGAGCAGGGGGACUCAGAGGGGCUGGCGGUCUGUCGGGGGGUGCUGGCACCUCGCACUGUCUGUCAGCCACGCAGGGAGGACACAUUCACGCUUCACCUGAACUCUCUCUCUAAAGCUGCUCUGUGCUCUGAUGCCUCCGCUGGCUCCUAUAACACCUCCUCUUCCUCUUCUUCCUCCUCGUCCUCCUCUGAAGCCUCUCUGUCCUCCAGGUUCAGUAAAUGGAACAGCUUGCUUUCAGAUGGAGGAUGCUUUCCUGUGUUGUCUCAGUGCAUGCUGGGAUACCUCUCCUUUCUUUACUGUGAGACCAUCUUUGUUUAUCGUCUGUUUGUUUUCUACUCACGUCAUGAUUCUGUUGUUUGGGGCCUGUUUUUUAUAUCUGAAAAAUAAAGUGCUAUACCUGAAAAUGGA